GUGACUUCAACACCACAUCGACGUGCUCCUGCCAACGCUCAAAAUCUGUGUGUUACGACUACGUCGACAACACUCACAUCACAACUCUAAAUCGAGAACUGUGAAGCAUCAGCACCUUCACCGGGAGGAGCUCUUUCGAGGCACAACGAUGCACGGCUGACCCACGACAUCCCUCUUAUGCGAGCCAUCCUACCUGGCCGACCCCAAUCGAAGCGCCAGGCUCUGAGUACUGCGCAUUGGGAUGGCCUCCGCCUCGUUGCGUAUAUAUCCGGCAACGCGGCCGUCCUUCUCAGCGGCCCGCAAACUAUCAUCCAAACAAUCUACGUGGACACGGUCGAUACCCUCACAGCGAUAACAAUCGAAGAGACGACCGGCCGAAUAGCACUUUGCGAUGCUGACCAUGUCUAUAUCUACAGACCGGUGGGCAGGGAAGAAGGCGUCCUCAGAUGGUCGCAAAUUCACGAGCUGGAAAGUACACACGGACUCGAGGUGACUUCGCUGUCUUGGGGCUCGUUGGGGGAGCUGUUACUCGGCGGCUCGAAACUGGUGCUCUGGCAUGUUCCAGAGCAUAGCACGCCGUCAAUAACCUGGGAAGAAGACUUGGCCUACCCGACAGCAUUUGCAUAUCUCUCCCCAGAUAGCAGCUACAUCGCUUCCGUGGGACGCCAUGACAGGCUCGCCAAGAUCUGGCGAAGACUCUCCUUCGAGGCCGGGACCACCAGCUUCGAUGUCUCAUAUUUGCCGCAUCCCGCCGUGGUCACGAACGUGCAUUGGCGAAAGCCAUGGCACCUCGAACAAAACCUCGAUAGCCUACUUUACACCUUUUGCGCAGACAACCAAGUCCGAGCUUAUACUACCUUUGAUCCCCAUGCAUUAUCGGUCAUGCAGCUGGCUGGAACGAUCGACAUGAAUGCUUCGAUCCAGCCCCGAAGGCUCAGUGUCAACUCCAUGAGCACGAGACGGUUUGCCUUUGUCAUCGACAGCCGCGACUUCGCCAUUGUUACAGAGCAAGCUGUCCGCGCAUCGAACCCUACAGGUCGUGAUCACGCACUCGAACACCUGAUCGAGAUAGCAAAUCGAAGUCCGGAGCUAUGCAUCGUUCUUGAUGGGUUGGGUCAUAUGUCAGUAUGGGGCCUGGAAAAUGCUGGCUACAAAAACAAAAUUCCUUCUGUCUUCCACAUCUGUCACGUAGAUGGAAUGGCUAUCCACGUCCCUCAGCUGAGCGACCCGCUGGACGACUACAUACAGUUUUGCAUAUUCGGUGGUGGGACCACUCCCUCAUCUUUGUCAAUACUCCUACACUCGUUUGCCGGUGACAUUGACUGGUAUGACAGCCAGAUUACGCACCUGUUUGAUACAGCUAUGAGGCAGGACCGGACACGUUUAAUUUCAUCUCUGGCCGGCCAUGGUGCUCCUGUUCAGCGCAUUGUCCGCAAUGUCAUUGGUACUAUUGUUCUAUCCGCAACUGAUGAGGGUCAUGCCAGUCUAUGGCAACAUGGGGGCGAUGGUACUACCGCUCCUCUGCUACGGCGCAGCUCUUUUGCCGUGGGUGCUGACGUCAAGGAUGCAAUCGUCUUGUCGCGGGGCCGAUACGCUGCCAUUUUGACCUCUUCUACCCUUGAGCUAUGGGACGUACGGGAAGCCAAAGCAAACAGGCUAGGUAUGCUCAAGCUGGAUGAUCAGCGUAAGCCGGAACGCAUCACUCAGAGUCGUGUUGCAAGCGAUCGCGCAUUAACAAGCCGUGUAAUUGUUGGGACUUAUCCGGAUGGUUCGAUCGAUGCCUGGGAGUUCCUCUUGCCUGCAAAAGAUGGCCCGUCGAAAAUGGGCAACGGCUAUCAUGAGAUCAUACGCUCUCUGGGCAAUGUGAAAUUACAUGUCCAGUAUCGCUACAACGCCAAAUUGUCGAUAUGUGACAACAUGAGCACGAAUGACCGCCCGAGUGAUUCACGCGAGAUCAAUGCAUUAGGGUUCGCUGCGGCAUUAGUCAAAGACGGCUUUGUCGAAAUGGUCAAGUCUCAGGAAGAACCGGACUCAAACAAACCACAUCUGUUUUCUGGCGCUCUGUUUGAGACCAACGUCCGGAAGCCCAGAGUCAUCAGUGCCAGUGGAUACGGCAAAGUUGUCGUGGUCAACGAGGACAGCACCAGCCUCAGUAUCUGGGAUGCGCAAACAGGGGCUUACGAGUUCGAACAUGAAAUGGACGGAACCGACACGAUCAGAACUUUUGCUUGGGCUGUUUCGCCGUCAGGGCAAGCUUUGAUGGCUUUGUGCUUUGACUACCACAUCGUCGUCCUGGCUCAGUCAAGGUAUUCAUACUCGAAGUGCGAUAAUGCAUGGAUUGAUAUACGCCAUAUCCGCAUACGAGAUUUCACGACCCACUCGAUCGGCGACUUGUGCUGGCUCAGAAGUGGUGAUCUCGUUGUGGGCUCAGGGACUCAGUUCUUUAUCUUCGAGGGAUAUGCCAAAAGCCAUCACAACCAGGAUUCGCAAGCUAUUAAAGACCUUCAUAGGCUCACCUCAAGCGACUCCACCUUUGCUGUGAUAUCGGUACUCAAUUCCUUGCUCCCGGUAUUCCAUCCUACCGUUUUGUCAUUGAUUACAUCUCUGGGAGGACUCGAACACGUCAAGCCUAUCAUAUUGCGGCUGCACCGUGACUUGAAAUUCUUCAGCGAAGGCGACCAACUGCCGAGCUUCUUGAGCCUCCGUCUGGAGAAUGUCAUGGAGGACACGUCGAUGGACUUGAUGAAUGGCAACUCUUACCACGGCAGAAAUGGUGCGAAUGGCGAUGUUGAUCAACAAAACGUUUCUGACAUUGUCGAAAACCUGGUUGAGAAUCUGAAAAAGCACGAACUAUGGCAGCUCAACCCAGAGGAGCAGAGUGGCUUGAUCAGACAGAUCCAGGUGUACUCAGACCUGGAGAAACAACAGCGAUCAGUUGAUCCCAAUGGCCAACGCUACUUGCAUGCGUUGUAUGCCUCUGGUGAUGACGGAGUAGCGUGGAGCGCUAUUGUUUUUGCAUCGUUGAGCUCAUCUCAGGAAGUCUUGGUGGAUCUCGUCACGAGGUUCCACGGAGGCAAACUUACGUGGGAGGCGGCGCGGAAAUCAGGACUUUUCUGCUGGCUAUCUGAUGCAGAAGCCCUGCGCUUGCAGAUGGAAAACGUGGCCCGCGCAGAAUUCACCAAGCACGAAGAUCGUAACCCGAUAGACAGCUCAUUGUACUACUUCGCCUUGAGAAAGAAGAAUGUCCUCCAAGGGCUAUGGCGGAUGGCAAUAGGAGUGCGCGAGAAGGAAAACACUAUCAAACUUCUGGCCAACAAUUUCAACAACCCAAGGUGGAAGGCGUCAGCACUCAAAAACGCGUAUGCUCUUCUCAGCAGGCGUCGAUUUCAUUAUGCCGCUGCGUUCUUCCUGUUAGGGGACAGCCUCUGGGAUGCCGUCAACGUGUGUAUUCAUCAGCUCAAAGAUCUCCGUCUUGCCAUUGCGAUCGCACGUGUAUAUGAAGCCGAUCAUGAACCAUCCACCAUCACCCGACUCGUCGAACAGGUCGUCCUGCCACAAGCGGUGGAGAGUGAACAAGGCAGGUGGAUAGCGACAUGGGCAUAUUCGAUUUUGGGACAAUCUCACAAAGCUGUUCAAGUCCUUGUUCAGCCUGUCCAUGUCGUCGUCGGCAGUUCCCUCGACAAGGUUGAUGGAAGGGUGGUCGGCUCACUCCACUACGUGGCUAAUGAUCCUCUCCUGGUCGUGCUCUACCUUCAAGUACGCAACCAAGCCAUCAAGCAGAACACGUGGCACGAUAUCAUUAGUGCCAAGGACGAAUGGUCGUUCAUCAUGCGGUGUGUGCGCCAAUAUUUGCGCAUGGGAUGCGAUGUUCUUGCCCUAGCCUUGGUGCGAGACUGGGAGUUUGUGCCGGAGAAGAAAGAACCGACACGAGCCGUCCGAGAACCUGUUUCACCAAAAUUGGCUCGGCGGACAACCUUCUUCGACCUCGAAAAGCAAGAAGAAGACGAGAGGAAACCAAAAGUCGAAGCGGAGAAGAAGAAGCCUCCGCCUACACAGUUCGUGGAGCCAAGCGCGGACAGUCUGUUGGACAGCUUUGGAUUCUAGAUACUGGCUGUUGGACACAGUAAGCCAUCCGCCUGUGGUAGUUAUUAGUAGUGUAUUAUUGAUCGGAGUGAUGCUUCAUCUUGCUGCAUAUAGCUUCGCAAGUAUCAAUGCUUGCACUGAUGGCUGAUAGGCUUGACGGGGCGUCCCGCUCAUGAAGUUAUAGGCGGGGGCGGCACUAAUCCAGUUAUACAUAGUAUGUCAUUACCCCGGAUUGACGCGUCUACUUAGUGCUUCUUUCUCCAAUUCGCGCUUUCCAC